AUGUACAGCAGUGGUUACCCUGCGGUGUCCGGCGGGUCUUCGCCCGCAGCAUCUCCGCUGGCUUGCGCGUCACUUUCUUCUUCCCUGACAUCGCAGGCACAACUCCCCCGGCCAAUGGCAGUGCCGAUGGCACAUAGCAUGCUGCCUGCUGGGCAUGCAGCUUCCAUGCCUGCUGCCACUCAGGCGUACUGGUCUCCUGGUGAACGCAGGGUCACAGUGGUGAGCCAGCAACCGGUUCUUCGUCGGUCACUGGGAAGCUCAGGUGCAGUUGCGAGCUUGGCGCAGCCUAGCUCCUCUGCAACUGCUCCUUCAACUCCUGAUGUUGAGAAGGAGCUUGCGCGGCGAUUGGACCUUUGCCAAGAAGAGUUGGCGAGGGAGCGUUCAAGAUCGGAGGAGCUUGCUGCUGCACUUCACGAGGCUCGACUGAAGGCCGAGGACGGAGAGGUGCAGACAUUACGCCAGCAGCUCCAGAGCCGAGAUCGAGAGCUUCUUGCGGCCUGCCCAGACAUGUAUUGGACUGAAAAGAAUGAAGCAGAUAGGUCCACACCGAAACAUACGGUACUGAGACUCACAAGCCAGGCACACAUAGCUACGACCAGAACUCCAAGUGCAUCGUCACAAGCGUCUUCUCCAAGAAGAGGGUAUCCGCGUUGA